AUGGAACCCACUGGUAUGAAGGAAGACCUGCGGCUCUUCCAGAGCACCCUGUUACAGGACGGCCUGAAGGAACUUCUGAAGGAGAACAAGUUUGUGGACUGUACCCUGAAAGUCGGGGACAGGAGUUUGCCCUGCCAUAGGCUCAUAAUGGCAGCGUGCAGCCCGUACUUCAGAGAGCUGUACUUCUCCGAAGAUGGUACGGAAAUCAACGUCAACAAGGAGGUGGUUCUGGAGAACGUGGAUCCCGUUGUCAUGGACAUGAUUGUGAAUUACCUUUACUCGGCAGAGAUCGACAUCACAGACGAGAACGUGCAGGACAUCCUAGCCGUGGCCAACCGUUUUCAGAUACCAUCCGUGUUCACCGUGUGUGUGAACUACCUGCAGAAGAAGCUCUCCAUGGGGAACUGCCUAGCUGUCUUCAGAAUGGGACUGGUGUUGAACUGCCCGAGACUGGCCAUGGCGGCGCGAGACUUCAUCGCAGAACGUUUCGAGACCCUGGUCAAGGACGAGGACUUCCUCGAACUUGCUCCCCAUGAGUUCUUCGCCAUCAUCGGAGGUGACGCUCUAAACGUGGAGAAAGAGGAGACCGUGUUCGAGCUGCUGAUGAAGUGGAUCAGGAAGGACAAGGAGAACCGGGUUAAGAUGUUAGGCGAGGCUUUCAACUUCAUCCGUUUCCGUCUACUUCCAGAAAAGUACUUUAAGGAGAAAGUUGAAAAGGACGACAUAAUCAAAUCCGACCCUGAAAUCGUAAAGAAGAUUAAGGUCAUUAAGGAGGCUUUUGCGGGGAAAUUGCCUGAGAAUAAGGACAAAGGCGAGGGGGGUGAGGAGGACAAAGGGUUGCCUGGUUAUCUGAAUGACAACCGCAGACUGGGUAUGUACGGCAGGGACCUGAUCCUGAUGAUAAACGACGCGGCAGCCGUAGCCUACGACGCGAAUGAAAAUGAGUGCUUCUUGGCUGCGAUGGCGGAACAGAUACCGCGUAACCACGUCAGCAUCGCAUCCAAGAAAAAUCAACUCUACGUCCUGGGUGGUCUGUUUAUUGAUGAGGAGGAGAAAGAAACACCGUUACAGUGUUACUUUUAUCAGUUGGACAAUCUUGGUGCUGAUUGGUUAGCCCUGCCACCCAUGCCGUCUCCUCGAUGUCUGUUUGCCAUGGGAGAGUUUGAAAAUCUCCUGUUUGCUGUUGCUGGGAAAGAUCUGCAGACCAAUGAGUCUCUUGACUCAGUAAUGUGUUAUGAUACUGAAAAGAUGAAAUGGAACGAGACCAAAAAGCUACCCCUGAGGAUCCAUGGUCAUUGUGUGAUCUCACAGAAUGGUUUAGUGUACUGUAUUGGAGGAAAAACAGAUGAAAAUAAAACCAUCAACAAGAUGUUUGCAUACAACCAUAAGAAGUCAGAGUGGAAGGAGCUGGCAGCCAUGAAAACACCAAGGUCUAUGUUUGGGGCAGUUGUUCACAAAGGAAAGAUUAUAGUGACUGGAGGCGUGAAUGAGGGUGGUCUUUUAGCCAGCUGUGAGAGCUACGACUUUGGAACAAACAAGUGGGAACCUUUUCCCGAGUUUGCGCAGGAGAGGAGCUCAGUAAACCUGGUCAGCACUGGUGGAGUUCUGUAUGCUGUAGGAGGCUUCACUAUGGUUGAGAAUGAAAACAAGGAGUGUGUACCCUCUGAGGUCACAGACGUCUGGCAGUAUGAAGAGGAUAAGAAACAGUGGUGCGGGAUGUUAAGGGAGUUGCGCUACGCUGCCGGGGCCUCCUGCGUCUCCAUGAGACUGAACGCUGCCAAAAUGCCCAAACUCUAA